AUGUCUACACGAGAAGACGCUUCAAAAGAAGCUACCAUUGUACAACUUUUUAGUGAAAUAGAUCGUUCUACUAAUCAAGGAGAUUAUAACAAAGCACUAAAAAGCAUAAACAAGAUAUUGAAACUUAAUGCUCAAGAUUUUGACGCGAUUCAUUGCAAAGCCAUUUCUUUGAUCCGUCUUGAGAAAUACCAGGAUGCUCUCGAGUUCCUGACAAGUAAUGUGCCCGAAGAUAAACUUAUCGCUGUGAAAUCGUAUUGUCUUUAUCGGUUGAAUCAAUGGAAUGAAGUUCUGAAUCUUUGUAAAAAAUACAAGGGUAUUGAGAAUGAAGAAAUGGGUUUAAGACAUCUAGAAGCACAAGCGGCAUAUAGGAUGGAAGAAUUUUCAGACGCUUUGGAAAUUUAUUAUAAUAUUUUACAAAAAAAGGACAAGAAAGAUGACUCAUAUAAUGAUAUAUUGACAAAUUUUAUUGCUGUGAAAUCAGCAUUAUUGUUUUCUGGAGACCAGCUGAACGAAAAAUACACUUUAGCAGAUAAUGUUAGUAGCAACAGCACAUUUGAAUUGGCUUACAAUACAGCCUGUAGUAUGAUUGCUCAAGGUCUUUUGAAACAAGCUGAGAAUUUACUCAAAACCGCAAAAAUCAUAUGUCGCAAGUCACUUUCCCAAGAAGAUUAUAGUGAAAAGGAGAUUGAGCAGGAGCUUGCAACAAUAAUUAUACAGCUGGCUUACGUAUACCAACUACAAGGUAGAACUAACGAGGCAAUUGAUCUUUAUCAAUCAGUAAUUAAAUCAAAAGCUGCCGACAUGACUGUGUUAGCCAUAGCCUCGAAUAACUUGGUUGUUGCACGGAAAGAAAAUGAUGUGUUUGAUUCAGCACGUAAGUUGCGUGCAGCAUCAGCAAAAACCUUAGAAACGAAGUUGUUUAAAGUCCAACGACAAGCUAUUGCCAUUAAUGAGGCCUUGCUAUCUCUCUACAUGCAUAAGUAUUCAGUUUGUCAAGAUACAGCCCGCAAAUUACUACAAAUUUAUCCAAAGAAUGAUUAUCUUUACGUCUUGCUCUCUUCAAUUCCAUAUCGACAAAAAAAGCCCACUAAAGCCGUUCAGGAAUUACAAGAAUACGCACAAGCUAAACCCACCUCCUUGCCAAUAAAUUUCGCACUGAUACAGCUCCAGCUAUUACAAACAAAUAUUCAAGGGUCAAUAACAACACUAGAAAAGUACCUCGAGUCACUUGAAGAUGAAAGUGCGAGAUACCAGCCUGCUUUGGUUGGACUUUUAGUCUGGCUUUAUGAGAAGUCUGGACAAUCAGAUAAAUCUGUGCAUGUUUUGGAGAAAGCAGGAUCUUAUUCAAAGAGUGAUGUUACGUCGGUGCAAAGUUCUUCGAUAUUAAAACAAACGGCGGCAUUUAAACUUAAAGCAGGCCGCUUUUCUGAGGCGGCACAAGAUUACGAACAACUUGUGAAGGCUAAUCCCGAGGAUUCGCAAGCAUUAGCCGGACUUAUUAUUGCAUAUUCUCAAUAUGAUGUUUCUUUGGCUGAGAAAUAUGAGAGCUCAUUAGCAACUAUCAAGCAUUCAAAAAAUAUCGAUGUUGAUUUUCUUGAGAAAAAUAUUCCCGGCGUGAAGAGGUAUAAAAAACCUGAUGCUAAAAGUGAUAAUAUGGGGAAAUCAUCAGUUAAGAAAAGAAGAAAAAGAAAACCACUAUUGCCCAAAAAUUUUGAUCCUAACGUUCCACCAGAUCCUGAACGGUGGUUGCCUAAACGAGAACGCUCAAGCUACAAAGUAAAAGGAAAAAGAAAACAACAAUUAAUGAAAGGAUCACAAGGUGUCGCUGUUGCAGGUGGAGGAAUUGGUGGAACUGGGAGUGCGAAUAUUGCGGGAAAAAGUCCAAACGCUGGAUCACCUCAACAGAAUGUUGUAAAUCAACCCAAUCAACAAGAACUUCAAAGUAAACCCAAGAGCGGUGGCGGUGAUAAAAACAGAAAGAAGAAAAAGAAGGGAG